AUGAGCCAUUUCAAGUGGGGAAGACGGUGUCUGGCUACAAAUGUAGCUACUCCGCUUAGUAAUGUUCAAACUGGAGUAAUUCUAUCAAGAGUCCCCCAAGUCACACCCGAGGUGACGGAUUUUGAGCAAAAAUUUUACAAAUAUCAAGAUGAACUGGAAAGAAGACUCAUGUGGACAUUUCCAAGAUGGUUCUAUUUCAAAAAAGGUACUGUUGCUGAGCGAGAAUUUUCGCAAGCUCAGAAAUAUCCACUGCCAGCAAGAGAUGGUGUGUGGUUCCCAAAAGGAAAACCGGAAAUCAGACACGGCAGAGACAGAAGAUUCAAAGAGAAUAUCGUGUUACCUAAGGCUGAGGGACAUGAAAAGCAGGGCGAAUCGUCUGCAACACAAGUAGAAAAUUUGGAUGACGCUAGCAGGCCCAUAAAACCGUUGCCUAGAGUCACAGAAGCCGACAAAACCAACAAUCAGCAUUCUUUGGAGAGAAAACUUUCAAGAACUCUAUACCUGCUCGUCAGACAAAACAACAUGUGGAAAUUCCCUGCUUUUCCGGUUCCAGACGACUCCAAACCAUUACACACGAUUGCUGAAGAGGGUCUAAAGAAUUUGGGAGGAGAAAAGCUCAACGUGUGGACCGUUUCCCAUACCCCCACUGCAUUAUUGAAGUUUUCGAAUGGCAAGCUUGUUCAUGAUUUACCUCAAGAUGGUAUUCGAGAAUAUUUGAUUAGGUCACACAUCAUUGCGGGAGAGUUUCAACUAAACAAAAUUGACGGCUGCGAAGAAUACAAAUGGCUCACGAGAGAGGAAAUUCAGCAACAGACAGACCCUGCUUACUUUGAAAAGAUUGAUUGUCUUCUCUCCAAGGUGUGA